GCUUCAGUUUGUGUUUGAAUUUGCACCAUUGAUAGCUCUGUGUCACAGGUCGCUAGAGGGUGCACAGUCUCAAACUGCGUUAUGAAUAGGAUGCUUUAUUCUCUAAUGCUGGGCGGGUGAAGCAGUUCAAACUGGGUGUGAGCUUGUUUGAAGUCGUCUUAGAGAGUCAUCAGAAACCUUUGACGCUUUUGUCUCUGCUUAGGAAGGGAAAACAUGGUAUAAUGGACUCCAACAGUGAAGAUGGAGAGUCCCAAAAUCUUGGCCAUGCCUUACAUCGUGAUGAAACCCCAUAUAGAGUGACGUAUACUCAUGGGAGAAACACAAAACAUGAGGAGUACGAUAAGAAUGAGGAUAACUUUAUCAAAAAGAGGAAUCCAGUGAGUCGCUCUGGCAGCGGCAGACUGAAGCGGGUAGUGUCAUGUAAGAGGAAGACCUAUCACAUGGCAGUGGCCCGGAGGAAGCAGAUAGUGAGUGGGAGGACUUAUGAUGCUGCAAACAAGGAGAAUGAGAUGAACUGCUUGCAGGACAUGCACCAGGAGAUAUUUGACAUGGACCCUUGGGACUUCCCUUUAAGUGUCAAUAAUAACCACAAGACUGGAAGAACUGGUUCUGAACAAGCAGACUACUGUACGCUCACUGAGCUCACACGGGAUCACAGCACUAUGACUGACGUGCUCUUUGGAAGAAACCUGAGACUAAAAGUGUCUUUGACACUGUGGCAGAGAAAUGUUGGAGAGCUGUUGACAUACUUUCUAAGAAUCCAAGACAUUGGCGUGUUAGUUGAUUUUCUCCCACUGAUAAGCAAAAGCAUUGAGGAGGAUUCUCCAAGGAUCUCCAUUGGCUGUUGUGUUGACCUAUUCCCUUUAGUUAAGAAAGUCCUCACUAAUCCAUAUGAAGAGUAUCUGAAUGUUGGCUUAAAGUGGAUACAUUCAGUUUUGAUAAACUGGUGUGAGGAGCUAAGAGCAAGUGGCUUUAGUGGAUCAACGACAGAUAAAAAUUUCCAGCUUUUUAAUCAGCAAUUGUUGGAUUUAUGGCAUCAGGAACCAUCAUUGAAGUUUGUUCCAGGUACUGCAGGAGACAUGGCAAAGGUCGUUGAUUCCUUUCUGUCUCAGCUUACCUGAUGACAUCGAAGAGCAAGAUAACAGUUAGCUCUCUCGUGGAAUCUCUGUGCAAUUGUGGAAUCCUUGGUCAAAUCAUGUGAUUGCAGUCUUCUCUACUGAGUACUGCCUUUUACUCUGAUUUUUAUUUAUACUGUGUUGAUGUCUGUAGAACCUGAUGUAUUUAUUGGCUUUCACAGCAACUUAAACAGAAGUACUGACAGUGUGCAAUAUACAUUGAAAUGUUUGUUUUAUUUCUUUUGACUAGGUUGGAUGUUGUAAAUAUGAUCACAUUGUGAGUUUCACCAUAAGAACUUUGUUCUAUAUUUUAUUUC